AUGAAUGACUUGCUGGGUCUAUCGAUCUAUCCUUGUUUUUAAGUCGAUGGUACAAGACAUAUACACUGAUCGGUCGAUGGUGGCUCCACAGUACCGCUUGACAGCUGCUUGAAAGAUAUGUCAAAACACCAUUUGACAAUUGACAGUAUGAAUUACCCGCCCAAUUUUUUGUUUGUUUUUGUAAUAAUUUCUGGUUAAUUUGUUUAUAAUUUUGUCCAGUUAUUUGGUUUAAAUAUAUUAUAAUGGAAGAAGAAAAACUCUUAAGCCGUAAACAGAAUGCUCAAAGAAAUAAUAAUAAAAAGCGACUUAUGGAUGCAUGCUCAGAUUUAGCAGAAUUGUAUAUGAACCAGGGUCGCUACAAAUUAGCUAUUGCUCAAUACAAGCAGUUGGUAGAUCUACAUCAUAUCGAAAAUGAUAUGUACUAUGCCCGAAUCAACAGGGGUAUAGGAGAGGCAUAUCAAGGACUCAGAUUAUUUGAAGAGGCAUUGAAAUACCAUCAAAUUUAUCUAGAUGUGGUACUAGUCCAAAAACAGCCAAACUAUUUAGAGAAACAGAGGGCUCUUGCAACAUUAGGUCAUACUUAUCUAAUUUGGGCAUCAGAAACUGAAACAGACAAAGAAACGAAGUUGGAAAAAGCAAACAAGUUUCUGAUGGACGGUUUAGAAGUGACAGAGAGCCUUAGCAGCAUAAACCAACUAGAAAAGGCUGACAUGCUGUCCAGGCUGUACACAAAUUUAGGAUUAGUUAAGGAGAUCAAAGGACAGUAUAAUGAUGCUGCAGAUCUCAUAAAGAAGUCGAUAGGCAUCUGUAAACCACAUGAUAUUUAUGAGCAACUCACUAGAAAUUACUUGUCUAUGGCUGGUUUGUGUGAGAAAAUAGGAGAUAAUAAUGAGGCCAUCAGAAAUUAUAACCUGUGUAUUGAUGUUGCCAAAAAGGUGAAAAGCAAAGUUUCUUUGCUAUCUACUGCAUUGCUUGCAAAGUCUGAACUAUUAGUCAGGCUUACAGAAUAUCAUGGUGCUAAGACAAUUCUCCAAAAAGCUUAUAAGCUUAAAGGCUUGAGUGAUGAGGAAAGAAAAAAUAUUGGAGAAAAACUUAAAGUCGUUGUCUCCAUGUGCCAAACCGAAGAUAAAUUAGUGGUAUCAUCUGGAGAUCAUAAAGAAUUGAAGAUUCUCUAUGAAAAAAUGGGCGAUGCUGCUUGCAUCUUCCAAUGUUAUCAAAAAGCUGUAGAAUACUACACAAUGAUGCUUGAACAUGCUCAAAAAUCAGGUGGGAAUGAUGAGGAACUGAAAAAUUGUUAUUUUAGUUUGGCAGAAACCUACAAAGAUAAUGGUGACUAUUUUCAGGUAUGGGCUGAAACUAAAGGAAAGCUCCCAUCUCUAGAUUGAUGUUGAGGAUUGACUUCCCGAGUUAUCAAUGAAUUACUAAAACUUGGUACUUCAUAUAUUGAAAACAUCACUUAUUUAUAGGCAAUUUAUCACUAUGAGAAAGAAUAUGAAUUAUGCAAGGAAUUGAAAGACGGAUUGAAUACUUUGAGCAAUAUUGCUGAUACCAAAGAGAUGGCCAAUCUACCUUUGGAUGAUGUCAAAGCAGUAUACGAGAGAGCCUUCGAGAGUUGCCGAGCCGAGAAAAAUUUAAAGGAAGAACGAAGGAUGGUUUCUAGAUACAUUAUCUAUUUGAAUAGAAAUGAACAUAAGAAAGAGUUGGACGUCGCUUAUAAUCUUUUGAAAUCUCUUGGUACUCCAGAUUCUAACGAGGAAUCAUCAAGUUCUGAUAGUGAUAGUGAAGAUUCACAGACCAAGUUACCUGUUGGAGCCGAUAUUGAUCUGGAUGAACUUCAAGAUGUAUCAGAUAAUUCUGAUGAAGAAACUUAUGAAAUGUCACCCAACAAAAAACGAAGUAAACGGUUCACUAUCAAGAAGAAUGAGAAAGGUGAAACUCAGCUGCACACUGCUUGCAUCCACGGUCAUCUGCAAGUGGUACGUCACCUGUUAGAUUUGGGGCAUCCGGUAAAUGUGAGAGACUUUUCUGGUUGGAUGCCUCUGCAUGAAGCCUGUAAUCAUGGCCACUUGGAAGUGGUCAAACUCCUGGUGGAAAAAGGAGCAGCUGUCAAUGAUAGAGGGGGAACUUACUGUGGAGGUAUAACUCCUCUAUAUGAUGCUGCCCGCAAUGCGCAUCUACAAAUUAUCGAGUACCUUUUGGAUCAUGGUGCAUCUGUUAAUACGAAAACUGACGAUGGAGAUACUACCUUGAACAUACUGAAAACUUAUCAUGGAGGGGAUAAAAUUCAUGAAGAUCAAUGGCCCUUGUAUUUUAAGCUGAUAGAAAGACUGGGAGAAGGCAUGGAGAAGGCUGGACAGAAGGCGGAGCCUUGCCCGCGUAGUAGGAGUUUUGGCUUUGUUGAUGAGGAUGAUGAUCCGCCUUUAGAAAGGUCGUCACGACGUUCAAAUAAGAAUAAGUCAGCAGUAAAUGGAACAAAAGAGGUACGCGACUCAUCUACAAGUAAAAGAUCAGCGCUUGUAACUGAGGAGGAAAAUAUCUUGUACGAUGAUUGGCUUGUGGUAGAUGUUCCAAAUAAACCAAAAAGGAGACGAACCAGCUCGUCCUUAACCAGAACUAGCAGUAUUAGGUCCGACAGCCCGAUGAAUCGGAAAUCAGUGUCACCAGCCAAGAAGAGGGUCAGCGAUGAAUUUCUCGUGCCAGACGACUACGUGGAAGAAAACGAACAAGACUAUUCUUGGAUUUCUCCUUUGAAAAGCCCGUACAAAAAUACAAGUCAAGAGAGUAAAAGGAAACGUCAGGUGUCACUGCUUGACUCUGGAUUUAGUAAAGAUCGAACUACGGGUCUGUCGAUUUCACAAAAUUCAAUAAAACGGUAUAAUUCUGGUGGAACUUCCCAACAAAAGCAGGCCAAACUUACAAAGUUCACUCAGGCGACAAACCCUGUAGGGCAGGAACAUGUUACACGUGAAGUUCCUGAACGUGCAGUCGUUCCUCAAGUCUCAACCUGUCCUCAGACACCAGUAGAAGACGAGGUCAGGUUCGUUGAUAUACUUGUGGAGAACAUCACAUUUAGGAUUGCAGUUAUGUCUUCACAGAUCCGCGCUAAAAACAUCGGUUGGUUAGCAGAACAGGCAGCUUUAAAGUACGAAAGGAAAGAAUGCAAAAAGCCGGUAUUGGAGCUUCAGUCUAGCACAGGUGCCUUGUUAUCUGACAGUGACCCUUUACAAAUGCUUUUCGUAAAUGGAAGGCAAGCUGAAUCUGUCGUAGGCAAAGUAGUAAAGGUGAUACUACCUCCUCUGGUUGAUAGAUACAAAGAAAUGUGUGCAUAUUUAAAUGUUGAUGUCGAAGAAGACCUGUGCACCAAACUGGAAGAAGUUUUCACUUCACUCAGUUUACAAGAUAAUGGCAUGUUCGGAGAAUCACUUACUCCCCUAUGCAAAGCUAUCACCCACCAAUCGAGUCUCCUAGAACUGAAUUUAUCUGGAAACUCUUUGGACAUUGAAACCUUUCAAACGCUAUGCCUCACCCUACCGACGCUCACCAACCUUAUGACGCUCAAUUUGAGGAAUACUGGCCUGACGUUGAGCCAUUUGCACCAUAUGGCUUUUUUAGAGACCUCCUGUCAGUCGGUAUUGAAGAAUCUCACAAAUCUCGAUUUGAGCGAUAACCCACUAGGCAACCAAAGUCUGCACUGUUUGUCCCGCCUAACUGAGCGUUUUACCCUGACGCACAUAAGCUUGUCAAACGUCAAACUUGUCAGUCCGUUGCGCCUUGGUGGGGAGACGGCGCUUCACCUUAGCGAAGUGGUGGAACUAGAUAUAAGCAAUAAUUGUUUGAACGAGUCUGAUUUGGCGGCGAUAUUCCAACGUUUGACUGGUACCAAGGUGACGUCGCUGAAUCUGUCGAAUAAUGAUAGCAAGGAUGUGGUCGGGGCCUUGACACGUUUGUUGGAAAUGCCGAGUUUGAGGGUUGGGAUUUUCAGUAGGUGCAACGUGAACGACAGGCAGUUGGACGAACUUCUGAGAUUUAGCACAGCUGUGGAAAUGUUGGAAUUGUCAUACAACCCUCUACUCACUGGCAUUUCUUUGAAAAAAAUUUUGGAGUGUUCGAAUUUGCGCCAGGUACACCUAGUGCAUUGUGAUGGUAUUUUAGUUAACUGCGAUGUAUUUGAGGUUAAUAAGUUCUUAGAACACAGUGGUGUCAGGAAUCUAGUAAUAACAUCAGAUAUCGAUGAGAUCUAUCCAUGUCAAGAUUUAAUUGAAGCUUUUCAAAGAAAAUAUAGCGAUUCAGUUGUAACGAAAACUGAAAGUUACUUAGGCCUUAGAACUGGCUGAUUUGGUACUGUUACCUAGUGGUAAAUAGUCGAUUCAUCUGAAUUGUUACAGUGGAUAUGAAAUAAGUAUAUUUUCAUUCGAAAAUAUCGUUUUAGUUUUUUAAUAUGCUUAACCGGCUGGUGGAAGACUGAUUUUUUUUAAUUUUACACAAAGCAUUUUGUACUGUUAUUUUUGAAAUUCGUUGUUUAAGUGAAACUUAUAAAUAAAAGUAAUGUUAUGUUAA